AUGGCGAAUGAGGAUGCUGCUGGUGUUCAGGUCUACAAAAGACUGGUGGACGACCUCUUAAAUCGCGCCGCGAAGGCCAAACCCGACAAGCAGAUCGAACCCCCCCUGACCGAAACGCACCUGGGCGAGUCGAUUUGGCAACUACCGUCAGAGGCUAAUAAGGCUACGCAAGGCAUGAGCCAGCAGACGAAGUUUGCGGCCGUUGAAAUCGCGUUCCGCGAGAAGUUCUAUCGUGUCUUGGCCUCGACUUCCAUCGACGAUCCUGCCUUUAUCCAAAUCUGGAAUCUCCUUGACGUUGUCUCAAUCUUCUCCGAUAACGAACAAUGCGAACCCGGCCUGAUCUUCUGGCUCAUCGAAGAGCUGUUGGAUAGCCAGACUAUUGAUGGCUGUCGGAAGGUGUUUGACUACUUGGAGUCACGACGAGAGAGGAACACCAAGAGACACUUUAAACAGAAAAGCUUGGUCAUUCUACGAUCAUGUAACGAGCUUCUUCGCCGACUGUCGCGUGCAGAGGAUACAGUGUUCUGUGGCAGGGUGUUUAUCUACCUCUUCCAAAGCUUCCCACUGGGAGAUAAGAGUUCGGUCAAUCUUCGCGGCGAAUUCCAUUCGGAGAAUAUCACCACUUUUGACGAUAUUACGAAGGAAUCCAGUGAGACGCAGGAGCAAGAUACACCUAUGAUUGAAGGGGCCGAUGCCUCGAAACCUGGCGAGACAGAGUCCCAGACUCCAUCUGAGCAAACAUCACAAGUUCCCGCGGUCGUCGUUUCCACAGACGAUCAGAAGAAGCCACACGAUGUCGAUUUGAACGCGCUUUACCCGCUUUUCUGGAGCCUUCAAGCUUAUUUCUCCUCACCGAGCAAUAUGUUCGACGCUCAACGCUUCGCAUCAUUCAAAACUGGACUGGAAGCUACGCUGGUCGCCUUCAAGAACAUUAACACCGAAAUGGAAAAUGAGAGAUCUGCUCGAGCUUCAGAAGAUGCCCGCAAGUCGAACAAGCGCAAGCGCGUCGAGGGUAGCACUGAAGUCGCUACCAGCUUCAAUCCGAAAUACUUGACCAGCCGAGAUCUGUUUGACCUAGAAGUCAGUGAUACUGCCUUCCGGCGACAUGUUCUCGUACAAGCUCUUAUCCUUCUCGACUUCGUGCUUUCUCUCACACCAAGUUCUAAAUCUCGCCUUGCCGAUGCAACGAACAAGUCCGUUCUGUACGGAUUUACCCUGAACGAUGAGGACGCCAAGUGGGCGACCAGCAUGAGGAAAAGCAUUGAGGAAUACCUGCGAGGCGGGCCGGGAGGACAAUUCUACUAUCGCAUGGUGGAUACAGUCCUGUCUCGAGACAAAAACUGGGUUCGGUGGAAAGCCGAGGGCUGUCCGUUGAUUGAACGCCCAGCUAUCUCGUCGGCGGAGUAUACGGCUUCGCGUGAGAAUGCUGUCAAGGCUUAUGCCAACAAACGCCUUCGUCCGUCGCCGAUGGGCUCGCUUGAUCUGAAAUUCCUUUCCGACACCGAGGCUUUGGCCAAUAUGGAUCGUCUCAAGGAAUCAGAUCGCUACAGCAUUCCGUCAGCGGAAACGUUCCUGAAGGGCAUUAUGGACGAUGAAAUGGACAUCGAUAUGGCGAUGACUGACGAAGACAAGGUGAUUGCCGAGGGGGCUAAAGCCAGCAAGUCCUGGCGGAUAUUGCGUCUCUCCGCGAAAGGAAAAUUCGCUACAUUCGACAAGAUUGGCAGUGAUGGGAAUGGUUUACAAGUCUUGUUCGAAAGCCCCACAGAAAGUAAGGAGAACGAGCAAACUGCUUCCGGCGACGCCCGGGACCUCCCCCAGACUCUCGAUGGACCUCAGGACCUGCCUGCUGGAACCAACGAGGCCGUGAACGGCAAAGAGUCGACUGGCGAUCAAGAGCAGGGUGAAACCAAGGAGCCUACUGAGCGUCAAGACGAGAAUGCUCCUCUUGGCCAACCUGAGAGUGGUCGGGAGCUUCCCACUCAAGAUGGCGCUGAGGGCACCAACGGCCAAGACAUGCAAGUUGACGAAAGCGACGUCAUCGGCCAAAAGCAACAAGACCUGAGCACUCAUGACAACGGAGAGACCCUUGCCACUUCUAGCGCCACGAAAGAGGACCCUGCUACCAACUCUGCCACCUAA